AUGGUCGCCUCAAUCAGUAAAGCUAAUAAGGAAAUUUCAUUUAAGAAGUUCAGGAGGUGGUGGAAAGGUGUCAAUAUAUUUGAGAAAGCUUAUAUCUUUCUACCAAUUCAUGAAAAACAUCAUUGGAGCUUGAUUAUUAUUUGUAUACCAAACAAAGAAGAUGAAUCAGGUCCAAUCAUUCUUCAUUUGGAUUCUUUAGGGCUUCACUCCAGCAAAUCAAUUAUACAGGACAUAAAGAGCUUUCUAGUCGAAGAAUGGAAAUUUCUAUGUCAAGAAGAAGUGCUGCCUGAACUUCCUAUACCAGACAAUAUUUGGGAUAAUUUACCUAGAAGAAUUGAUGAGAAAGUAAUUGAGGUGCCCCAGCAAAGAAAUGAGUAUGAUUGUGGUAUCUUUGUUCUUUUCUUUAUGGAACGCUUCCUUGAAGAUGCCCCUGAAAGACUGAAGAAGAAGGACUUGGACAUGUUUGGCAAGCAAUGGUUUAAACCAGAGGAGGCUUCCAGUUUGAGAAGAAAGAUUAGGAAUAUACUGAAAGAAGAGUUUUUGAGUGCAAAUGGAGGAGACACGUGUAAAUUGGAUUGACAAUCCCCGCUGUAAAUAAGAUCACUAAUCGUACAAUUGCAAGAGAAUUAUUCAAUGGAACUGCUAACAGCUAAACUAGUAGAGUUGGUGUGCUUUUGCUGCGGAAUUUCACAGUGAAAUAUUCGUUUGUCGAGUUCUUUUUUUUUUUCCCUUAUUUGCAGACUUGAUUAUGCCUUUGACCUAUGAAGUAUUUGAAACAGCCUUCUGUAUAGGAUGGACUUUUUUGGUGUCCCGUAAUGGAGAACCGGGGCUGUGAACAUUUUGAAAUCAUGUCUUUAGUUUCAACAUCUAUCUGAAGGAAAUCGAUUAUGGUGUAUAUGAGGUCGAAGACUGUAAAGAUCAGCCUUCUAUUUAUUUUUGGUUACCAUUUUCCUCAAAACAUUAGAAUUUGAUCUUCAGUGGUCUAUGUGGUCAGAGGCAAUAAAAUUCCUUGCAUUUGUACUGUAUCUCUCAUAUCAGUUGAUAGAGAAUCUUAUGUUUAAAUGUAAUUAGAUGGGCCAAAACUUUUAGUGAGAACCUUUCUGUUUUCUCCAUUUAUGAUGCGUUUUAGCCCUUUCA